AGGCCUCCGUAUGCUUGAGCUCUAUUCAGCAUUCUCUUCGAGGACACAGUAUUUAGCAAAUGAAGAUUAUUAGCUUGUUUGAUAAAGUCGAUUGGUCCGCUUAAGCACUACUAGAACAGACUACAGCACUAUCACAAACACACACAAAAAUGUUCCAGCCCUUUAUUCCCGCAACCGGCACCAGCAGUAGCAGCUCCAGCACUGCGUCUUUCCCGAUCCCAGCUGCCCCUUCCACCUACAGCAGCGAUGUGUUCGUCCUGUCUGCAACUACAGCCUUCUCCGCAGCUGCCCAUGGAGGUUCGGCCCUGUAUAGUAACGCAGACAUAGCAUCAAGCAGGGCCUACAGCACUGCGGAAAUUGUACACGACCCCAAGAAGAGCCAUACAACGAACCCUGUCGUUCGGGAAGUGCAAAAAAACAGCUUCCGGGAAAUCAUCGACGAGCAAAACCCAAAUUUCCAUUUCGAAGGGCAGCACCAGACUACCCUCCUCACCCCGGAUGAGGAAAAACAACUUUUGGAGGAGGAAAUCCAGGAGUUGGAACAGUCCCUCGAGUUCACGAAAAACGAAAUUUCCCGACUGGAGCAAGGCAUCGCGGAUUUGAAACAGCAGCACGAAGCGCGGAUGAAAAAACUGGUGCAGGAGCAAAGGCGACGGAAACAGAAGCGGCAGAAAAAUCGUGAGGAGUUGAAUUUGGAUUUCGAGAUAAACACCGAGUCGCUGUACAGGAACGAUGAGAAGACUGCGUCGUAUGGGACGUCGAGUACAAAUGCGAAUUCCGGUACUGGAAACAUCGAAUAUCAAGUGUAAAAGUGUCUGGGUCUGGAAGGAUGUAACUUGUGAUGCUGCAUUGAUUUGGAUUCCAAGAAAAUCUGUAUUGCACGAGCAGCAAAGGGAAUGUAAUUUUUGCGACGCAGAGAGGGCAUUUGUUAUGCGGAACAGGCAUCAAGAAGCCCUCAAACAAUCGGUGAUGCUAGGGCAUGCAUCACUGACAUCAUGGCUCAUGCAAAACGUGCAUGACAGGUCUCAGAAUCUUGCAGACCCAGACAUAUUUGCAGUUGAUAUCGAAAGUGAAACUGCGACAACGCCAACCGGCGGGGGAACCAGCACAGGAGAGGACACGGCUGAAGACGUACUUUUUUUCAGAUUGUGAUCUGGUAACCAAAUGCGUGCGCGCGCGAUAUUGCUUAGCAAACGCAGCGCGAAGGCAGUUGCCGUUACCAUAUAGGGCAACCGCCGGGAGGCGUGAAGGUCAGGGAAAUGGCCAGAAAUGAAGCGGGAAAAGGGAAAAAAAGCGGACCAGAUGGGAAAAUGGCCAGGAGGAAAAUGGCCAUGUCGCAAAAAUGGCAGAAACCAAGCGGGAGAAGGUAAAAAAAGAGCAUUUUUGCGGCUUGGCCCACUUAGUAUCUGAAAAAAAGACGGAGUAUUUUUUGCUUCGCCCGCUGGGCAGCUGCGUUGGAGCAGCAGGUCCGCGACCUGUCCGGAAGCCUUGGGCCGCUUCGUAAUUGGAAAAAGUUGGAAAAAAAUGGCAAAAAGUUGCGUCAUAACGUGGGUGGAAGCAAUCGUCGGAUUUUGUGCAGAUCACGCGGGCCACUUAGAAAAUGAAAAAAGAUGAGAAAUUGCGCAAAAGCGCAAUCCCUCCGCAGGCUUCAAAACUGCCAGUCAGAUGCGGGCGGUGAAAGUGUGCAGGUCGCCCGGGCCACUUAGUAAAUGGAAAAAGAGAAAAAACUGCGCAAAAGCGCAAUCCCUCCGCAGGCUUCAAAACUGCCAGCCAGAUGCGGGCGGCGAAAAUGUCCAGGUCGCCCGGGCCACUUGGAAACCAGAAAAAGAUGAGAAAUUGCGCAAAGGCGCAAUACCUCCGCAGGCUUCAAAACUGCCAGCCAGAUGCGGGCGGCGAAAAUGUCCGAAGCCCUUCGGCCGCCUAAAAACCUGAAAAAAGAGCGAAAAUUAAAAAAAAUCGAGAACCCUCGGCAGGCUUACAAACUGGCCGCCAAGGGCGGUCCGGCGGGCGCGUGGUCGCGCCGUGCCAUCGCGAUUGGGAAAAAAAAGUCGGACUAGAAGCGGGCGGAGGCAUGUCACAAAAUCCCUACUCGCCCGGGGUUGGGAGCACAAAUUCGGCACCUCCGCCGCGUCUGAAAUGCCCGAUUUUUGUGGCCCGGAAGGGUCCGCGGAUUUUCGGCUUUCCGCAGAUACCUUCCUGGCCAGGGGGCCAGUUUGUCAUGCAGUGGCUAGAAAGGAUGCCCCGCUGCCACAUUGCUGGAUUUCGCAUUCAAUGCGUCUCGCAUUGAAUAGAAAUCCGGAAACCACCGAUGACCCAGAUGCCUUCCUGGCCAGGGGGCCAGUUUGUCAUGCAGGGGGCUUGAAGAAGAAGGAGUGGGACUUUGCUUGAAAAUAAAUGGCGCCAAAGCGCGGCCCGCCUUUCGCCGCGCGGCUGGUUAGGCUUUCGCGCUGGUUAGAUUUUCGCGCACGCAUUUGGUUACCAAUAUCGCCCUCCGGGCGCGACCUUCAUACAGAUGACCACCCUCUGCGAAAAGGGCAGUGCAGUUUGUCAUGCUAUUGAUCAUUACAGAAGCUGAAAUUCGUUCUCAAUGUGUUAAAAACCACAGAUCGCCGUCGCGGAAGAGCAGAACGGAAAACUGUUGGAUUUGCGACGUGGUUGCGUGGACCUGUUGCAGGCGCUGUCAUCAGGCAUCAACAUCGAGGAAGGUCCGGGGGGGAUGCAUGCGUUGCUGGAGAAGUAUGAAUGUUUGGUCGAGGAGAUGCGGUGAGCAGGAGGUCAAAGACAAAGACUGUAUGAUGUAUGAGCUAGCUGUGAACUGCUCCUCCGCGAUAAAAUGAACUAGAAGAAGACCGCAAGAGAAGAUUCGUGCCUCCGUCUUUUGUCCGAGGCUGUAGUCUUUGUAGGAUGGAAGAAUGAAGAUCAACAGAAAAAUAUAGCUCACGAUAACAGUUGAAGGAGCCAAGGAAAAAGCAC